UCAGUACCUCGGACAGUACUUUCAAGUACGCGCAAGAGAUAGUCUGUGUAGGAGAGAAAGAAAGAGCUUGAGUUCAGACGAAGGUGAGGUGAGGUCCUACCAUGUAGGAGGCAAGAAGAAGAGGGGAGGGAUAGACCGAUAGUGAAGUGCAGCAUAGAGCGAGACGAAUAGACGGUGAGCGAGACAGCGACAGAGAGUCAGCGCGCUCGAGCAGGAGUGCGCGCGGGGACAGCAGCACACCGGCCGGAUCUAAGAGUUGAGAGGAUGGAGAUCCGACCAGAUCGGUUCAAGCUGGUGGCGGGAAAAACACUUGGGAAGAUUCACAGACUCAUCGAGAAGCGGCAGGAGAAUGGUGAGACGAUCGAGCUGUCGGCGGAGGGCCGUCCGGAGCUGGUGGAGGAGAAGGAGCUGCCGGUGGUGGACUGCACCUGCUGCGGCCUGCCUCGCCGUUACAUCAUCGCCAUCCUCUGCGGCCUGGGCUUCUGCAUCUCCUUCGGCAUCCGCUGCAACCUCGGCGUGGCCAUCGUCAGCAUGGUCAACAACCACACGGUCUUUCAUGGCAAGAGGGAAGUCCUCGAGCCUGCUCAGUUUUCGUGGGACCCAGAGACUGUAGGGAUGAUCCAUGGCUCAUUCUUUUGGGGCUACAUAGUCACACAAAUCCCUGGAGGAUUCAUAUGCCGAAGGUUUGCAGCCAACCGGGUUUUUGGCUUUGCAAUUGUGGCCACAUCCGUCUUAAAUAUGCUGAUCCCUCAUGCGGCUCGGGUAUCCUACGGCUGUGUCAUGCUGGUCAGAGUUUGCCAAGGGCUUGUGGAGGGUGUGUCCUACCCUGCCUGCCAUGGAAUCUGGGCUAAAUGGGCUCCACCCCUUGAGAGAAGCAGAUUGGCAACAACAGCUUUCUGCGGGUCAUACGCAGGGGCAGUGGUGGCCAUGCCAUUGGCAGGAAUUCUGGUGCAGUACACUGGGUGGUCCUCAGUCUUCUAUGUGUAUGGCAGUGUUGGUGUGUUCUGGUACUUGUUCUGGAUCUUGGUGUCUUAUGAGAGUCCUGCAGCCCACCCCACAAUCACUGCCGAGGAGAGGCAGUACAUUGAGGAUGCCAUCGGGGACUCGGCCAACACCCAGAACCUGCAGAAGUUUAAGACUCCCUGGCGCGCCUUCUUCACCUCGAUGCCUGUGUAUGCCAUCAUUGUGGCCAACUUCUGCCGUAGCUGGACCUUCUACUUGCUCCUCAUCAGUCAGCCAGCGUACUUUGAGGAAGUCUUUGGUUUCGAGAUCAGCAAGGUGGGGAUGGUGUCUGCUCUGCCUCAUCUGGUGAUGACCAUCGUUGUGCCAAUUGGAGGGCAGCUGGCAGACUACCUGCGGACCCACAACCUCAUGAGCACAACCAACGUGCGCAAACUCAUGAACUGUGGAGGUUUUGGCAUGGAGGCAACUCUGCUGUUGGUGGUUGGGUACUCUCACACUAAAGGGGUGGCAAUAUCCUUUCUUGUGCUUGCUGUUGGCUUCAGCGGCUUUGCAAUCUCAGGGUUUAAUGUGAACCAUUUGGACAUUGCCCCACGCUAUGCUAGUAUUCUCAUGGGUAUCUCCAAUGGAGUUGGCACCUUAUCAGGCAUGGUGUGCCCACUCAUCGUUGGAGCCAUGACCAAACACAAGACUCGUGAGGAGUGGCAGGGUGUAUUUCUCAUUGCUUCACUGGUCCAUUAUGGCGGAGUCAUCUUUUAUGGUAUCUUUGCAUCGGGAGAAAAGCAGCCAUGGGCGGACGUAGAGGACACCAGCGACGAGAAAUGCGGCAUACUGGGAGAGGACGAACUGGCCAAUGAGACAGAAGAGCUUUACCGUACCGGCGGUGGUGGACAGUACGGGGCCAUGAGCCAACCAGACGCAGGGCCCAAUGGAGGCGGCGGAGCAGGGGGCUGGGUCAGUGACUGGGAUAAGUCUGAAGAGUUAGUCCAGCCGCCGGGGACCAAUAGGUAUAUGUAUGGAGGAGAAGAAGACCGAGAGCUGCCAUAGAAGCACAGAGGAGUAUGAAAGAAAGGCGGAGAGGGAGAGUGAAUGGGAGGGGUCACUGGAGAACUAUGAGAACAGUUGACAGGGGUGGAAGAGUUCUAAAAUGAAUGAGUACACUACUGAGUGUGUGUGUGUGUGUGUGUGUGUGUGUGUUGACUAUUGAUUCCUCCCAGGUCUCCCCUCGUGGCUGUCCUAACCUGUGUCGUCAUAGCUAACCUGUGUGGCUUGUAAGAGUGUGUGUAAUAAUUUUGUAUGUUUGUAAGUCUGGGUGUAUGCGUAUAAUGUUAAGGGUGCAGCAUAAUGAAUUUGGUGAACAGUGAUCUUUUCCUGUUCUGUGAGGUUGUGUGAGUAUUGUGUGUGUGUGUGUGUGUGUGUGUGUGUGUGUGUGUGUAUCCACGCUUGUAUGUGUAGUAGUCAGGCCUUUGAUGGUGCUCUAUUAUGUGUAUAUAAUUCAGUAAUUUAGGCUAUCUGCCAAAAUCACUGUUAUGCACUUAAAAUGAGAAUAUGAGCGAUAUAUACCUUUGUGUAUGUGGGGUUGUGUUUAUGUACAUGCAUGUAUAUAUAUAUAUAUAUAUAUAUGUGUGUGUGUGUGUGUGUGUGUGUGUGUGUGUGUGUGUGUGUAUCGGGUCAAUGACGUGACAUGCAGAUUUCUGUGUCCGAGUCCAUUACUUUGGUUUAAAAUAAUUUAAAAUUAAUUUAAAAUUUGAUUCAUAACAAGCAUCAUUUCAUUCUAUAAAACCUGUUUAGUUUGAACAUAUCUUCUGUUUAUCAUAAAUAUUAUAUAUAUUUUAUGUUUUGUCAUCUCAAACCCUCAAAAUGUCAGGUGGUGCAAUCAUCCGAGCAAAUUAACACUAUGUGAAAAGUUUUAAAUAUAGAAUUUAAAAAGAAUAGAAAUUAAAAUAAAUAUGGGGGCAUAAUUGUAUUAUUUUAUUUUUUAUUUUAUUUACUAGUUUAUUUACUAGUUUACUAGCUCUUAUAUUGUUUGGAAAAUGUAAAAAAACUUUUGUCUGGAAAUUUGAAAUGUCAGGGCGGUGCAACCACAUUCAUAUAACAUUUAUUUUGAAUUGAAGAGGGAAAAGAGUAAACAGGAUAUUGCCUCAUCAAGAGGACCCCAAGUGACCUUUGCUGAUUAGUGAAAAGUGAAAAUAUCUACUUUCUCUCCUUAUAGUUGGACUUGUACAGUUUACAUGUCAGGUUGUACAACCAAUAUAAAACUAUGAAAAGUUAUUUUAACAUAAAACUCUUUAUUGUAUUGGAAAAUUGAAUGGAUGAACUUGCUAGCAAAGUCAAAAGGUUAUAUAGGUGUCCAAGAGGAUGCCUGUUAUAAUUUUAAAUUAGUAGCAAAAGUUAGGUUUAGGGUCAGAUAUCCUCAGGUGGUGCAACCAGGUAAAAUAAUAAUUGAAACCAAGAUAUAGUAGAUUCAAGUGAAGAAAUGGUUGAAAAAUGUGUUGUACCUAUUUAUUCUAUUAAACAAUAUACUUUUUUAAUUUGGAAAGUAUCUAUGCACAUUUUAAAUGUAAAGUUGGAUGUGGAAAAACCAAAAUACCCAUCCUCUACAGUAAAGUAUUCAUAAGUUACUUUUAAUACGAAGGUCAACUAUAAAAUAAUAAUGUGUUAAGCACCGUAGACACUCUCAGGUAAAAACAAGUGUGGGCUUUUUUUUUUAGAAACUUUUGGUUGCGCCACUUGACAUUUUUUGGGUAGUGAAAUUGCAAAUACAGUCUAAAAAUGUAUUAAAGUCAUUGUAAAUGUUGUGCAGUCAUUAAGACUGGAACAGUCUUCCAACUUCAAAAAAAUGCAUUCUGUCCAUUUUUAAAGAUUAUUUUGAAAACGUUUUUAAAAGCCUUAUUUGUCAAUAACCCAUGUGCGUGUGAGUGUGUGUUUGGGGAGAAGCCUAUUUGUACGUACGUGAUUUUGCAUACUUAAGCGUGGUUAAGAGCUUUGAGGUCAUUGGUCGGGUACCCCUUAAGUUGUUAGAGAGUUUAGGGUCAGAUAAAAGAUCGGAAUUAACGUCAGGGCCGAGGUCAUGCUCUGGUGAUCCCGUAAGACAUGGUACUAGAGCCUUUUGCUCAAUGAGCAAACACACUUAGGCUCAGCUGAAUGCUACUUGUGUGAAUGUGUUUAUGUAUGUGUGUGUGUGUGUGUGUGUGUGUGUGUGUGUGUGUGUGUGUGUGUGGGUCGGUAGGUACACUGUUGAGAGCUGGACACACUCUCCUUGCAAAUUGCGAGGAGUGGACUUCUCUCACAUUAGUCAAAUUUACAUAAUGUCUACUGCAUCCACCAACUGUGUUUUCCAUAACAUUAUGCUAUAAAUGUCCCUUUCUCUCUUCUAUUUUAGUGUACUGUAUGUGAGUUUGGGUAUAUAAAGUUGAUCAUGUGUAUACAUCUAUGCACUUGUGUAUGUGUGAGUGUGUGUGUGCGUAUGAGAGAGAGAGAGCGAGAGAGAGAGAAAGAGAUACUGUCCUAUUUGCUAACGUGUCAUGGUACACAGAUGAUCUGCACAGUGAAUUUUGUCUCAUGCCUGUCCUUUCAGCGUUCAUGCGCACAUACACAGACAUAAAACAACAUUGUAUGCUCUUAUAUCACAUCUCUGUGUGCCUGUUUAUGUGUGAGUAUAUGAGAGAGAAUGUUGAAUUAUGUGGUGUCCAAAGACAAUAGAAGGGGGGAAAGCCCAUUUGAAUGUGUGUUUGAGUGUUGAAGUUUAAGUAUAGGUGUUACGAAGUUAAAGUCUUGGGUUAUUCUUGGGUGCAGCUUUGGGUGUGGGAUGAGGGGGGGAUGUCACAGGGGGUAUACAUGCAUAAAUGCACCUACAAAUCCAACAGUCUAUCUGCAGUGCUGUCAGUUUAAAUGUUACAGCCCAUUGAAUUCAUAUUGUAUGCCCAGAAGACAGUCCAGGAGGAAUCCUCUACUCAUCCCCACAUUUUACAAAUGUAUUUCCUUGUGUUUGAGUGCAAAAUCUUACAUGUUUUAUCCUGUGGUUCUUUCCUCCAUUUGCGACCACAGACAUAUCUGUGGUGAGAGAGCUGAUAAAACACUUUGCUCUGAUUGAGGUGGGAAUCCGUGGGGCUUAAACCAUUGAUGGUAUCUUUUUCAAAAAUGGUUGGAAAACAGUCUACAAACAUAUAGGGGUAGUCGGACUUACACUAAAUAAAUAGACAUAGCAAAUUCAGAUCAGACAGCGGGGAAGAGAUAAUAACACUAUAUGAUUGACAUGCAAUGCACUCCACUCGUCUCUCUUAAAUAUAUAAAUGUUGUUUAUGUUCAUAUUUCCUCUUUGUUCUCUCAAUGUGGUCUUCUCAGCUGAUGUUUUUUUUUUUUGAAAAGGGUUACUUAUUUGUGGACUGAAUGCAAAUGUGUAAAAGAAGGAAUAUUAAUACAAAAAAAAAACAAUGUGCUAUGUGUAUAAAAUGUGUAUAUGUCAAUGAUCCCUGUAAUAAAGAUUCAGAGAUGUGUAAA